GUGAAAGAUGAAGAGAGAAUCCUACAAGCAUUUGAAGAAAACCCCAGGAACAGCGUACGUCGUGUCGCUCAUGCCCUUGGUCUCUCCCGACAUGCGGUGUACAGUGCUGUACGCCGCAACGGACUGCAUCGGUAUCAUUUGCAACGGGUGCAGCAACUUCUUGCGAGAGACGAAGAGCCGCGCAUCUGUUUUUGCGAAGGAUUGCUCGCGCAAUGUCGGCGAAAUGCCCUUUUCCCCGACUGCAUUUUGUGGACGAACGAAGCAACGUUCACACCGAAUGGCGUGUUUAACUCACGCAAUAAUUUAUUAUGGGCAGAUGAAAAUCCGCACGCUGUUCGCCAAGGUGCUUUUCAAUAUCGCUGGUCGAUAA